CCUUUCGUCCAAUAGGCUGGGAGCCUCUGCGAUUACGUCAGAGAGCAACAAGAACUUUCCAAGAUGGGGCUUGAAAGUACUAUGGUCUGUGUGGACAACAGUGAGUACAUGAGAAAUGGAGACUUCCUGCCGACGAGGCUGCAGGCUCAGCAAGACGCCGUCAACAUCGUCUGCCACACCAAGACACGCAGCAACCCCGAGAACAACGUGGGCCUCAUCACCAUGGCCAAUAACUGUGAGGUGCUGACAACGCUGACACCAGAUACUGGCCGCAUCCUGUCCAAACUCCACGCUGUCCAGCCCAUAGGAAAGAUCACCUUUUGCACAGGCAUCAGAGUGGCUCAUCUGGCCCUAAAGCACAGACAAGGAAAAAACCACAAGAUGAGGAUCAUUGCCUUUGUUGGGAGUCCUGUGGAGGACAGUGAAAAAGAUCUUGUCAAGAUGGCAAAGCGCUUGAAAAAAGAGAAAGUGAAUGUGGAUAUUAUCAACUUUGGAGAAGAGGAGUUGAAUACGGAAAAGCUGACUGCUUUUAUAAACACUCUAAAUGGGAAGGAGGGGACAGGCUCCCACCUGGUCACAGUCCCUCCAGGACCCAGUCUGGCUGAUGCGCUGCUCUCCUCUCCCAUCCUGGCUGGUGAAGGAGGCUCUAUGAUGGGUCUUGGUGCCAGUGACUUCGAGUUUGGUGUGGAUCCCAGUGCUGAUCCCGAGCUGGCCCUGGCCCUCCGUGUGUCAAUGGAGGAGCAGCGGCAGAGGCAGGAGGAAGAGGCCCGUAGAGCUGCUACUGCUUCUGCAGCCGAGGCCGGCAUUCCCACCCCGAGCGCAGACGAAUCAGAGGAAGCCCUAUUGAAGAUGUCAGUAUCUCAGCCUGAGAGUGGUGAAGCGGUGCUUCCUGACUUCAGCAUCAUGACAGAGGAGCAGCAGAUAGCCUACGCCAUGAAGAUGUCUCUUGCUGGAGGAGAGUAUGGUGAAAUGGACAAAGGAGCCCCCAUGGACACUACGGAAUCAGCCAAAGAGGAAGAUGACUACGAUGCGAUGCACGACCCAGAGUUCCUUCGAGGCGUCCUGGAGAGCCUUCCCGGCGUCGACCCGAACAACGAGGCCUUCCGCAACGCCAUGGGCUCCCUGGCCACCCAGACGGGAAACAAGCCAGACGGCAAAAAGGACGAAGAGAAGAAGAAAUAAGGAACAAACGAAACGGGAUGGGGGACUCCAGACAUUUACUAGAAACGAAAAACGAACAAUUGCCGACGAAUGCAGGAUUACUUUAAUAUACGAAAAGAUUGCUGCAUGACCGACAUUUAAUACAGUCCUUAUCUGUCGCCAACACACAAUAAAUAAAAUCUCCUCAGUCCUGAAUGAUUUAGUGUAAAGUCUGACUGCCCAGUUACGUAACUUAAUUUGAUUAUCUUUCUUUUACUUCUUCUACCCUACAUUUUCCUACAUGUUAUAAUCACUUAUCGAUCUCCCAGAAGAGAUGGGGGGGGAUGAUGAUGACAGGCUUUUGAACUAAACAUUUAGCCACAUGCUCCUGUCAUGUCUUUGUUAUUGUUUGUUUGUUUUGCAAUAAAGCUAUAAGUAAAUA